AUGCAAGCAUGGUAUCGGGACGGGCUGCUGCCCACCGAUCUUCCAGUACGACGUGAAGAGGACGUUGAAUACGUUCUCCUCAAGGAUCUCCGCCAGCAGAGCGUCGACCCAUCUCAGCCCUUUGGCCCAUCGCCCUCUCGCACGUACCCUGCAGAGUCGAUACCAAUUGUUGCGGAGGGCAAGCCUCUCCUCCAACCACUCUCGUUACUUUCGCAGCCGAAGAUUUUCGGCCCUCCUGCUCUCUUCUUCUCAUCGCGCGGAGGCCACAGCACCGUCAUCGUCGACGGCCGCGGCCGGUCCGUGCUGAAGGGUCGGUUCAUGUGGAGUCCGGACGAGCAGGACGACGAGUCGUCGACGACGGUGCUCACCGGCCGCAUGGGCGACGUGAAGCGUCUCGAGGCGUUCGACGUCGAGGACCGCUCCGUGCUCGUCGCGAUGCGGCAGGGCGGCCUCGAGGCCGUCGACCUCAGUGACGCGCUCCUCCGGCCCGCCGACGCCUCGAGGAGCGCCCUCCCGCAGUUCGCCGUCGCGCCCUCGCAGGUGAACCGCCGCGCGCCGUUCAUCUGGAAGAUCGGCAUGCCCGUGUCCUCCCCGACGCCGUCCGCGCACGCGCCCACCUCGCUGCUCGCGCCCAAGUCCCACUCGCACCGCCUCGGGGCACCCGUGAAGAAGCUCAGCACCGGCCCCGGGCGGUCGCCUGGGCGGCCGGAGCUCGGGGACGCGGAGGCGGAGCGCGCGCGCGACGAGGUGAUCUUCCUCGGUAGGCGUGGGGACAACAUCUACCUCUGCGAGCGCAACGGCAUCGCGUUCCGGAUACUGCGCCUGUGCCCGCUGGGCUCGUCGUAGUGUACCGUUGUGCCGGAGUUGGAGCUGUAUAUACAGUACAUGCCAUUGCACGCGCGGGCGCAGUUUUUGGACGGCGGAGCGGAGGGUCUGGAUCGGUCGGGCCACUCUCAAAAGAAUCAUGUCACUAUUUAUUCGCAGCAGCAGCAGAUCGUCAUCUCUUCUUGAUCUCAUGGAUACUUUUCAACUCCAUUCAUGUCGGCCAUGUCCCCACGAAUACGAACCCCCCACCGGCUCUUGUCACGCGCGCAUUCCUUCGUAAUAUCCAUAUUUCCUCUUAUCGACUCAUUAUUUUCUUUCGUUUUCGACUCUCGUCCUCUCACUCUCCCCUUUUUUUUUCUCUUCUUCCCGAUUUACGUAGGCUCUCUGUGUCACGAUUGUUCUUUCCCCCCCUCCCCCCUCCCUCUUUUCUUGUCUCUCCGCAUGCUCCCUCACUCUCUCACAUCACUGUCUUCGUUCUCAGAAUCCAUAUCUUAUUCUCCGUGUGCAGUACCUACUCAUGAUACCGUCCCGCACCAGCAACGGAUGACGAUUCGACAUCAUAUGCAAUACAAUAGAUGUUACAUUAGG